UAUACGUGUAUGUUAUGAAUAAUCGAACGUUAAAAAGACACUUUUCCUAUUUCUGACAAAUUAGCCAAUUUUUAUGUGAGGAAGUUGGCGAGUCUAACCUGGAACUGUACCUGGCGACACUAGCGCCUCCUAGAGCUUCGUCCCCUGUUUUGAUGGAGAGUUGCAAGGCAAUGGGUGUACCGCUGCCCGCCCCAACGCCCGCUACUGUUCAGCCGAGGUCAGCGAGGGAGCAGCGUGCAGGUCUGGUUCAAGCCGAGGCGUGCCCGCCUUCAUUGGCCUGCUAGGCGUCGAAUUUUCGAACGAUGCUUUCCGCCAAAGAUGCAGCCCUGGAUGAAAUAUCCUCCACCUUCUCCCUCAGCUCAUUAUAUAAUGGCGUCCAUAUAUAUCGUGCUAAUGCUCGUCGGGACAUCCGGAAAUGGUCUCGUGGUCUAUUUAUUUAUCAGAUCCCGGGCGCUUCGCACUCCUGCCAACAUUCUCGUGCUGAACCUGGCAGUGAGCGACUUCUUCCUUCUGUUGGACAUGGUUGCCAACUGUACGGAUUUGUGGGCGGCCUGACCGGCACGGUCUCCAUUGUCACGCUGGCGCUCAUCGCCUACGACCGCUUCAACGUGAUAGUGUUCCCCAUGGAGCCCUCCAGGAAGACCAGCCACGCCAGCGCCCGCGCCAUGGUCCUCUGUGCGUGGCUGUACGGAGCUACGUUCUCUUCGCUGCCGCUCACCGGCAUCGGCGUCAGCCCCUACACCCCGGAAGGAUAUCUCACGUCGUGCAGCUUCGAUUACAUGUCUCGCAGCUACGUUAAUCGCGUGUAUAUUUUCACUUUCUUCUCGGCCGCCUGGGUGUUGCCGCUUUGCGUCAUAACGUUCUGCUACUCGCGAAUAUACUACAUGGUGAUCCGAACUUCCGACGUGGCCGGCGCCGUGGAUUCGCAGCGGCACUGCCGCGAGGAAGAAAAAAAGCGCAGCGAGCUGAAACUAGCCGGAGUCGUGGCCGGGGUGGUCGUGUUGUGGUUCGUCUCUUGGACGCCGUACGCCGUCGUCGCGCUGCUGGGAGUGACGGGUCGCCACGACCUCAUCACGCCCCUCUCGUCCAUGGUGCCGGCGCUCUUCUGCAAGACGGCGAGUUGCAUCGACCCGUUCGUCUACGCGGUGACGCACCCGCGGUUCCGCAAAGAGUUGCGGUCGCUGUGGCGCGCGAGGCGGAAAAAGAAGCCCGAGCGCGGCCAAGGGAAGGCGCGUCGCCGAAAGACGCCGUGGACCGUGCGGGAAGAAAUGCGCUCGCACGACCGAGACAGAGACGAAACGUCCGACUCGAGCGAGCCCGACGUCGAAGAAGUGUUCGUGAUGGUCGACAGAGGGUGCGACGGGCGCGAAUCGAGAGGCAGCAACAGCAGCAGCAGCGGCGGCGGCGGUGGCGGCUCCUCCGAGGACUCGAGGCCCGAGAGAAGCCGCCGCGGAGGGAGGCGGCGCCGCUCGCAGCGCAUAUCGUGGACGGUGGACGAACCUUUCCCGUUUUCCCAGAACAUCGUCCACCAGUUGCAGCCGCCCAGUUGGUUUGUGCCUCCGCAACCGCAUUCGAAACGGUCGGCCAGUCUCCGGCUGAAGGAGCAAGAAAAUGUGUACUCUGCUAUUGCAAAGAUAUUAAUGCUCUGGAGUCUGUCUGUAGCGUAUAAUCCAAAUGAAUGGCGACUUUUUAUAGAUCUGUUCAAGUUCAGUUUGAAGGAUGUGUCCUCAUAUCUGAAAAUUGCUGAAAGAUUCAAAUUUCGACUUCAUACUUCCCCUAAAGAACUCGCAGCUUGGAAAUCUUUCAUAUCUGUUGUGAAGGGUUUCUUGGAAAUCACAUGGACAACUGUGAGUUAUUAA